CUUCAGGGGAGGGGGCAACAGCUGUGUUCCUGCGACGGGCAAAGUUUGAAUCCAGGUCUUGUGCUGCAACCCGACUGCUCCUGUCCACUUCACGCCAUUCAGCUCUGUCACUGGAAAAGUUUUUUUAUUGUCUCUAGCAAAUACAAGAUGAGCGUCCAAGAAGAUUCCGUUCUGAGUAACGGUGUUUCAGGCGUGGAUGGUGAUGCUGAGAGCAUCCCCUCCCAAACGGAACAGACCGUGUCGGACCUAACAGAUUUAAAAACCCACUCCACUGUCAUCCUCAACGGAGAAGCCACCAGAGCUGAUCUUGGGUCAGCUUCCUCUGCAGAGGAGCAGGUGCCUCAGGCACCGGUCAAACCUCCCAGAUCUCCUGAGCUCCUAGAAAGAACAGAGGGGCUUCCACCAGAAGAGACCAGGGCGGUUCCGCUGUCUCAGAGCACUGGGGUAACCACGCUGGCCCCGGCCGACCGCCUGUGGAGCACCAGCAGAGAUGAGGCGGUGCAGCUGCGGAUGGAGGGCUCAGGCCGGGCCUCCGAGACUCCCAUCACCGUCCAUCAGAUGUUCCUGGAGACGGUGGAGCACUACGGGGACUAUUCUGCCUUGAUGUCCAAAGAAGAGGGCCAGUGGGUGACCCUGACAUGGAGGCAAUACUACGAGCAGUGCAGAGCCGCUGCCAAAAGCUUCCUCAAGUUGGGGCUGGAGCGCUACCAUGGCGUUGGCAUUCUGGGAUUCAACUCCCCCGAGUGGUUCAUCUCGAACAUCGGCUGCAUCCUGGCCGGGGGUCUGGCAGCCGGCAUUUACACGACCAACUCAUCGGAGGCUUGUCACUAUGUGGCUGCCAACUGUGAGGCCAACGUGCUGGUUGUGGAGAACCAGAAACAGCUUGACAAGAUCCUGCAGGUUAAAGAUCAACUUCCUCACCUGAAAGCCAUUGUGCAGUAUAAAGGCGAACUGCAGGAGAAGCUUCCAAACCUGUACACUUGGGCGGAGUUCAUGAAGCUGGGAGAAGAUGUGUCCAAUGAGCAGCUGAACGCUGUGAUUGACGGUCUCAGGGCCAAUGAGUGCUGCACCCUCAUCUACACAUCUGGAACCACUGGAAACCCUAAAGGCGUCAUGCUGAGCCACGACAAUCUGACGUGGACGGCCCACACGGCGUCGACCUUGGUAGACUUCACCUACGGCGUGGAGGUGUUGGUCAGCUACUUACCGCUCAGCCACGUGGCCGCCCAGAUGAUGGACAUGUGGAUCACCAUGGCCUUUGCCGGAACCAUCUACUUUGCAGACCCAGAUGCCCUCAAGGGCUCUUUAGGAACCACGCUGAAAGAGGCCCGGCCCACUUAUUUCAUGGGGGUCCCUCGAGUGUGGGAGAAGAUGCAGGAGAAGAUGAGAGCCAUCGGCGCCAAGGCAUCUCCAUUGAGGAAGAGAGUGGCAGACUGGGCCAAGUCCAUCGGCCUGCAGUACAACCACAGUGUCAUGAUCGGGGAGGAAGCGGUGCCGUGGGGUUUCAUGCUGGCCAACAACCUGGUCUUCAAAAAGGUGCGUGGCGCUCUGGGCUUGGACCGCUGCAAGAUCUGCUUCACAGGCGCCGCCCCCAUCACCAAAGACACCCUGGAGUACUUCAUGAGCCUGAACAUGCCACUGAUGGAGCUGUACGGCAUGAGUGAAAGCUCCGGCCCGCACACCGUCUCCAUUAACAGCAGAUACCGCCUCACCAGCUGUGGGAAGGUGAUGCCCGGCUGCAAGACCAAAUUUGAGAACCCAGACGCCGACGGGAACGGAGAGAUCUGCUUCUGGGGUCGGAAUGUCUUCAUGGGCUACCUGAACAUGGCCGACAAAACCACAGAGGCCCUCGACGAGAGUGGCUGGCUGCACUCCGGAGACCUGGGGAAAAAUGACGAGUACGAGUUCUUGUACAUCACAGGAAGGAUCAAGGAGUUGAUCAUCACUGCCGGUGGAGAGAACAUCCCUCCUGUUCCCAUCGAGGACGCACUGAAGGCCGAGGUGCCAAUCAUAAGCAACUCCAUGCUGCUCGGAGACAAGCUCAAGUUCCUCUCCAUGCUGCUCACUCUCAAGUGCGUCAUGGACGACAACGGUGACCCCACAGACGAGCUGAGCCCCGAGGUGCUGGACUUCUGCCAGGAGCACGGCGUCACGGCCACCAAGGUGUCCGAGAUCUUAGCCAAUAAGGAGCCAGCUGUCUACAAAGCCAUUCAGGAGGGCGUGGAGCGGAUCAACGCCAAAGCGACAUCCAACGCCAUGAGGGUCCAGAAGUGGGUCAUACUGGAGAGAGACUUCUCCAUCGGUGGAGGAGAACUGGGACCCACCAUGAAGCUCAGGAGGCCCAUCGUUGUGAAGAAGUACCAGGAGAAGAUAGAUGAGUUGUACGCAGUGGCCUCGGACAGAGCGUAGACUGCACCGCACAGAGACAACACAACACAACACAACACUGAAGAGAGACGCACACGUGGGGCGUGUGUGAACACUGUACACUGUGCCCAGGCGUCAUGCCUAGGAACAUAUGAACCUCUUUUCACCGGAAAAAAGCAGGAAAAGUCUUGAUUCUGAAUGUCUUGUAUUUAAUUAAAUAGAGGUUUGUGCUGCUAUUUUUAACAUGAGGAGUUUCCCACAAGCUGUAGAGGAGUCUGUAUGUCGUCUGUUCCAAAAAUCGAUAUUUAAGCUGCAACGGUGCACUUUUUGUAAAUAGCACAAUCCAAACCGGAGCCAAACUUUGCCAUUGACCGUGUGGCACACACACGACAAUUGACCUGUACACUGUGACCACAGGCAGGGUGGGGAACACUGGACAGUGUCAGCGUCACUCGAGGCAGUAAACGUUUUUAAAGGAGAUAUUUAGGGAACCAUCACCCACUGUGGCUUGAAAUAGGAAAGGGCUCUUGUGUGAUCACGAGCAAAUAUAUUCUGUUUUCGAAGCAGCAGUAUCUAUUUAAAUAUUUUACAGCAGUACUUGCCGGUUUUGCGUCUCAUGUUUUGUACAGAAGAUAAUCCCCAUCCGGCAAAAAGCUGCAGGCAUUGCCUCUGUAGAUUGGAGGUGACGUUUUGAAGUGUUUUUAUAAUGUAAGAGCAAUAUUAUUAGUAUGGAUUCCAACAAUCACAAAUGUGAAGAUUAUUGAGCAUAUAUGUGAAGGUUGUGCUUCUCCAUGUACAGUUUGACAAAUCCUGAGAUGUUUAUUUUGUGAUGAAUGGAAAAUUACACUGUCAAUAAAAAAGCGAGUGAUUUGGACAAAUUGACCAAAUGGGGUUCAAGAA